AUGGCUCAAGAAUCCACUACGGGCAGGGUGAUUGGUAGUUUACAACAUGAGAUCGAAAUUUUGAAAAAAGAGGUGGCUGAUGCAAAGACUAAAUUUCACAUUUCCAAGGUGGCCAGAGAUCGUGCAGAUCGUCAAGUGCAGGAUCAUGCUGCCUCUCAUCAGACCCUGCAAUUGGAGAUCGAGUCGUUGAAAGGGAUGUUAGAACGCAAGGAACGACAUUUACGAGAAUUAGAGGAGUCCACUAAAGAUCGAGAACGGAAGAAACAUGAAAUGAGAAUGGAGCGAGAUCAAUCCAGCACGAAAUUAAAACAGUCCGAAAUACGAGCUGUAGAAUUAGAGCAAAAAUUGGUUGAAGCGCUGGCAUGUAAAGAACAAGCUGAGAUGCAAUACAACCUGCUGAACAAUGAGAUGAAAACAUUCAAACAACGAUACGUGGAUGAUGUGGAGUUGAUAAAGCGAGAGUAUAAAGAGCUGCGAGGAGAAAUGAACUCGUCCGCCAAGGAGUUGAAGGAAGUGGUGUUGAAUUCAGGAUCGAGAAUAGAGGAGUUGACAGGCAAGCGGCAAAAUGAUAUUAAAGGAUUGAAGACGGUGCAUCAACAAUUGAAAGAGAAUCAUGAAAAAAUGAUUAAUGAAUUGAUAAAGGAAAUGAAAGAAUUAAAAGUGGAGGUCGAAAAUUCGAAUAAAAAAACGGAUGAACAUGCAGAAAAGGUGGCAUAUAUAAACAAUGAAUUGACGGUCAAGCUAAAAUGGCUGAAGAAUAUCUGA